AUGGAGGUUAAACACGCUGAAGAUGCGCAGGCUCAAAAGAAGCAGAAACGUCAAUUGACUCGUAAGCCAUUGAUCUUCAACAUCUUUACACAGAGUUGCUGCAAUACACAGCCUGCAGGUCUCUGGAGCUACCCUGGCGAUGUAUCUAGUCAAUACACGACGCUUGAAUACUGGGAGAAGCUGGCCAAAAAGGCAGAAGAGGCAAAGUUCAACGCCAUCUUCAUCGCUGAUGUCUUGGGACCCUACGACAUCUACCACGGCCCGAGAAACUACUCCUACGUUGCCAAGGCAGGUACCCAAUUCCCAGGCAUCGAUCCUGCAAUUCCAAUCAGCGCAAUGGCUGCAGUAACCAAAAGUGUUGGCUUUGGUAUCACCUUCAGUACAAUUAGCGAACAUCCUUACCUAUUGGCAAGGAAGCUCGCAACCUUGGAUCAGAUGACAGGAGGCCGUGUGGGUUGGAACAUUGUCAGCUCGUACCUCGACAGUGCCUCUCGAAACCUGCUGAAUGGAGGACAAUUGCCAAAUAAGCUUGCAAGAUAUGAAAAGACAGAUGAGUACGUUCAAGUCGUUGCAGAGCUGAUGCUCUCAAGUUUCAGGGAGGAUGCCUUGAAGGCAGAUCCAAAGACAAAGACAUUUAUCGACCCCGACCUUGUCCGUCCAAUCAACUUCGAAGGGGAAUGGUAUAAAGUGCCAGGCCCUGCCUACACUUCUCCUUCACCUCAGGGAAUACCCGUGCUUUUUGAAGCAGGAAUCUCCAAGGGAGGUGUUGAAUUGGCAUCCAAGUGGUCUGAAGUGGCAUUCUCCACAGGCUCAACACCAGCUAUGUUGCGGUUCAAAACUGAUAGAAUCAGGGAAUGUGCACAGAGCAGAUACGGGAGAGACUGGAAUGACGUUAAGAUCUUAGCCUUCGUCAUGGUGAUUGUAUCAGAUACAGAGGCCAAGGCAUGGGAAAAGUUCAACAGAUACGCUGAUGCUGCUGAUCCUGACGCUGCCCUGGCUAUGGUUUGUGGAUGGACCUCUGCUGACUUCACUGAAUAUGCUGACGACUUUGAUCUGCUACAAUCGUCAAAUGGCAUGCACCGUGAUAUUGUAAAGCACUUCUGCAACUCACUCCUCGAUAAAGGGCCAAUCACCAAGAAAGACUUGGGCAGACAUGUCUCUGUCAAGGGCAAUGCUGAUCUUAUCAUUGGUUCUGUUGACCAGGUUGUACAGAAACUGAUCGAUUACGUCGAGAUUGGUGGUGCUGAUGGCUUCAACUUUGCAUCAGCCAUCAACCCAGAUUCCUAUGAUGAGCUCAUAGAUCUCGUCAUUCCAAAGCUAAAGGCAAAGGGACUCUUCUGGGACGAUUACCCAGUUCCAGGUGGUACGCUGAGGGAAAACCUGACAGGUGUGAAGGGUGCGAGCCACCUGGGCAAGCACCAUCCUGCCUAUGGCUAUAGAUGGACCAGCGACUUGUCGAGGGAAGAGUUUGAGCAGCAAUUCGACUCCUACAAGAAGGAACUGCGCAAGAAGCAAGGUGAUGCCUACGAGCAAGGAGCAAAGUGA